GGAGAGAUAGUCUGCUCCGGACGUCACGGCCCCGGGGCUGAAGAUGGCGGCGGCGGCGGUGGCGGGGCCGGCGAUCCCGGGACGGCUGCAGCCCCAGCCCGAGCCCCAGCCCCCGGCCCCGGCGGGCGGAAGCCGCUGCUCGCUGUUGGUCAUCGUGGGCGGCGAGUGCGCCCGGCCGGGCCUGCUCCGCCCGGUGCUGGCCCAGCUGGAGAGAGGGAUCCGCUCUUGGGAUGUUGACCCAGGAAUUUGUAACCUGGAUGAACAGUUAAAAAUAUUUGUGUCCCGUCACUCAGCUACGUUCUCCAGCAUUGUAAAAGGUCAAAGAAGCCUCCAUCACCGGGGAGAAGAGCUAGAAACGCUGGUGCUGCUGAACCCCUCGGACAAGUCCCUUGUUGACGAGCUCCGUAACCUGCUCCUGGAGCCUUCUUACCAUAAGCUGCUGGUGCUGGCCGGUCCCUUUGUGGAGGAGACAGGGGAGCUCCUGCUGCAGACGGGUGGCUUCUCCCCUCGCCACUUCUUCCAGAUCCUGACUGAUAAAGAGAUCGAGGACCUUCGGAGCUCUGCGCCCUCCUCGGCCCUCCCGAGGCUCACCAUCACCUGUCCCGACUUUGGGGAGUGGGCGUACCCCGGGCUGGAUGGCUCCGGGCUCCGGGACUUUGUCCAGCUGCAGCUGAACCCCCCCGGGCACCGGCCGGAGUCCGAGGGCCUGCGCGAGUUCCUGGAGUACGUGGCCGAGUCCCUGGAGCCGCCCUCGCCCUUCGACCUCCUGGAGCCCCCGGCCACGGCGGGCUUCCUGAAGAUCUCCCGGCCCUGCUGCUACGUCUUCCCCGGCGGCCUGGGCGACGCCGCCUUCUUCGCCGUCAACGGCUUCACGGUGCUGGUGAACGGCGGCUCGAGCGCGCGGUCCAGCUUCUGGAAGCUGGUGAGGCACCUGGACCGCGUGGACGCGGUGCUGGCCACGCGGGCCGACAGCCUGCCGGGCAUCAACAGCCUGCUGCGGCGGAAGCUGGCGGAGCGCGACGAGGAGGCGGCCGGAGUGGCCGCGGGCGGCGGGCGGGGCAGCGAGGACUGGCUGCGGCACCUCAUCUCCCCCGACCUGGGCGUGGUGUUCCUCAACACGGGCGAGCGGCGCCCGGUGUGGGGCGACGACGAGGCGGGGCUGGCGCUGGGCUACCUGGAGCGGCUGGGCGUGGCGCCCACGCCCCUGUGCCGCGGCCCGGUGCCCUCCGAGCCCCUGGUCCUGUUCCUGAAGAUGGGCGUGGGCCGGCUGGACAUGUACGUGCUCCACCCUCCGCGGGCCGGGGCCGGCCGGGACCCGGCUCCGCCCAGCCUGGCGGCGUCCGCCUGCGCCCUGCUGGUCUGGCACCCCGCCAGCCCCGCUGAGAAGAUCGUGCGCGUCCUCUUCCCCGGCUGCACCCCCCAGAGCCGGCUCCUGGAGGGGCUGGCCAAGCUCCAGCACCUGGCCUUCCUCCGCCAGCCCGUGGUGACCCCCCAGGACCUGGAGGCCCCGGCCCCGAGCCGGGCCGAGAGCAAGGAGAGCCUGCGCUCCGCGUCCAGGAGCAGCCUGGCUGACGGGGCCCGGCCGGCCAGGGCCGAGAGGAAGGAGGCCAGACCGGCCUCCGGGAGGGACCGGCCCCGGGGGCCCGCAGAGGAGCCGCCCAAGCCGGGCAAGGAGCGCAGCCUCCCCGCCAAGAAGGAGGGCGCCCGGGGGGACGCCCCAGCCCGCAAGGAAGAGAAGCGGGCCGUCCAGAAAGAGGAAGGAGCCCCCAAGAGAGAGCCCAGGGCAGAGGGGAAGCCCAAGGCCGAGCCCCUCAAGAAGGACCCCCGAGCCGAAGACAAGAAGGCGGGGGCUGCCAGGGUCCCCGGCCGCCGUCUGUCCGCAGCAGCCGCCGAGCAGCCCUCGCGACCCGGGAGCACACGCAGGAGCGGCGUCCGCCCCCCCACCAAGGCGGCUGACAAGGGCCUUGCUCGGGCAGCCCUGAAGGAUCCGGGAGCCUCCAAGGUGGGCAGCGCCAAAAGCAGGGAACCUCCCAGGACCCCGGGCCCAGGAGGUGGGUCUGCCCUGGAGGGGGACAGCCCAUCCGUCUUCCGCUGCAGUGAUGGCUGCCCCUCGUCAGCCCCAGGCUCCCCAUCCCCCCUGGCCAAGACCCCGCCUGGGCAGCAGAGCCCGGAGCUGGGCCUGGGCCUGACUCCGCCUUUGGAGGGUCUCAUGAACCACAUCGGGGAAGCUGGUGAGGAUGGAGGCGGCGGUGGCAGCUCGGAGGAGAAGACCCUGGAGCUGAUGUCCCCCUCCAGCUCGGCGGCCCCCACGCCCUCGCCCGCCGGUCCCCGGAGGCCCCCCGAGGGCGCAGAGCGGCUGGCCCUGAGCCCCUUCCGCGAGGUAGGCCCGGACGUCUCCCCCACAGUCACGACGCCCUCGCUGCCCGCGGAGGUGGGCUCCCCACACUCCACAGAGGUGGACGAGUCCUUGUCGGUGUCCUUCGAGCAGGUGCUGCCCCCCACGGUGGCCGCUGGUGACGUAGAGCCGGGCAAGGUGGGGCUGAGCCUCCCGCUGAGGGCGCCGGCCACGCGGGCACCGCGCUCGGCCUCGCCCCACGACGUGGAUCUGUGCCUGGUGUCCCCCUGUGAGUUUGAGCACCCCAAGUCAGCCCUGUCCCCCGCGGGCCCGGCCAGCCCCCGGGACGUCUCCAACGACAGCAGCGCCCGCUCCCAGGAGCUGGCCCGAGGGCACCGGGGCAGCGGGGGGCUCCCCGAGGAGACUCCACCCACCUCGGUGAGUGAGUCGCUGCCCACCCUUUCAGACUCAGACCCCCCACCCACGGCAGAAGAUGGGCCCUCGCUGGCCCCAGACUCAGAUGAAGAGGACACAGAGAACUAUGGGCCUUCCCGGGAUCCCCUGCCCGCCCCAAUGAAAGACCCGCCCCCCCUGCCCGCCCAGCCGGGCAUCUGCAUGGUGGAUCCCGAGACACUCCCCCCCGACCACCUCAAACGACGGGAAACUGCCAGCCGGGCCUCCCUCCGCAAGGCUCCCUCCCGGACAGGCCCCAGCCCUGGGCCUGCCAAGGCCACCCCCGGCCCAGGCCCCAAGGCCAAGGGGCCUCUUAGCAGUACCAGGAGCGAACUCACGGACAGGGGUCCGCGACCGGGCGCCGACGCCAAGGGGAGUGUGGCGGGGCGCGCCGUGGGCAGCAGCGGGGCCAGGACGGGUCCCCGAGGUCCAUCAGGGUCCACUUCAGGCCGGGCAAGCACUGGUGUUGUGCCCCCGGGACCCCCCAUCUACCUGGACCUGGCCUACCUGCCCGGGGGGGCCAGCGCCCGCUCUGUGGAUGAGGAGUUUUUCCGGAGAGUCCGUGCCCUCUGCUACGUCAUCAGUGGCCAUGACCAGGGCAAGGAGGAGGCCAUGAGGGGCAUCUUGGACGCGCUGCUGGCUGGGAAGGAGUGCUGGGAUGCAGACCUGCAGGUGACCCUCAUUCCUACAUUUGACUCCCUGGCCAUGCACGAGUGGUACCAGGAGACACACGGACGACAGCAGGACCUGGGGAUCACCGUGCUUGGCAGCAACAGCACCGUCGCCAUGCAGGAUGAGACCUUCCCUGCCUGCAAGGUGGAGUUCUAGCCCUUCCUGGCCACCUCUGACCCUCAGUCUUGUGUGCGCAUGUGGGCGCCCGUGGCGCAUGUACGCGGGCACACCUGGGCGCUCACACACGCGCACAAACACAUACCGGCACACAUACUGGCACCUCUGAGCCUCCAGCCAGAGCCCUGUCCCAGCCGCCACCUCCCUGGUGGGCAAGCGGAAGUGGAAGCUAGGCCCUGGGGCUAGAAGGGGCCGCCCCCACUCCUCCCCUCCACCCCCAGCCCCUCACAUUUCCAGGUUGUCUGUCUGUCCGCCCAACAUCACUGGCACACAGCAUUAAAAGGAGCUUCACUUCCUGCUCCA